CUCUGACAAAAAGAGAACAAUAAUUUUUUCUUAAGAAAAAAAGGGGAAAUUUCCAUAAUCACAGCCCCUCUUUUUAAUGAGUAUAUAAAUACAUGCACAAUCUUUCUCUAUUUCUUCAUCCCGUUCCUUUUAUUCUUCUCUUGCUCUUGCCUUUGUACUAAAAAGGAACUAAUCAAAGAUGGCAGCUGGGUCAUAUACAAGAAAUUAUGAUGAUAAUUCAUUUGUUUUUUUUUUAGAAGGUUGGCUAAUUAGGCAUGAACAAUUUUUAGAUGAAUUACUUGUAGCACAGGACACUUUUGAUGAAGAAACACAAGAGGGUGUUAUUAGAGAUCUUAUUUCACGAGUUUUAGCUCAUUAUCAAGAAUACUAUGAAGAAAAAUCAAAAAUGUCUCAUAGAAAUGUUUUUCAUGUCUUCUCACCUACUUGGUUUACUCCACUUGAGAGGACUUUCCUUUGGAUUACUGGGUUCAAACCUGGGUUAGCUUUUACUCUGGUUACUGAUUCGGUUAAUGAUUUGAGUGAAAAUCAAGUCCAGAGAAUCAACAGGCUGAGAUACGAGACCAAGGUCCAAGAAAAGUCCCUGGCGGAUGAGUUGGCGAAAAUUCAAGAGAGCGUGGCGGCACCACCGUUGAUGGAAAUGGCACGGCGAGUAGGAAUGCAACUUCUACACACUGAUGGUACAAAUAUUGAUAUCAUAGACGGGGAUGAUAAUAUAGAGACAUUGAAGUCAGCCAUGGAAAAUUUAGUGACAGAUGCUGAUAGAUUGAGGACAAGAACAGCUGAAAGAGUGGUAGGAGUACUUAGUCCUUUGCAAAGUCUGAGGUUUUUAACAGCUGCAGCUCAGCUUCAGUUAAGGCUGAGGAUGAUGGGAAUGCAAAGAGAAGCUCAGAGGCAGCCGAAUGAAGCUUCAAAUGGCUGGUAGUUAAUCACUGAUUUUAUGAUUUUUAGACACUAAUUAGCUACGCGAGUUUGUUUUUCUUUUGAGGCCAAAAUCUGCGGUAGUUUCUAUAGGAAGCCAAGCUUUUUGUAUCAGUUAUUGUGUAAACUUCAAGAACGUUUGGAGUCUAUUUUAUCAGGCAUUUCCUAGA